AUGUCUGGAUUACCAUCUAAUCAAAAGGCAAAAGCUAAUACAUUGUUAGUAUCAUCCUUUUGUCAAAAGCACGAUAUUGAUGUUCCUAAUCUGGAUGAUGACUUUGUUGACAGAGGAAGGUCACGGAGGAAAGCUCACAAGGUAACUAAUAUGCAUUAUUAUCAUGUGGAGAUAUUUUAUACCAUUAUAGAUAUACAACUUCAAGAGCUUAACAUUUGUUUCAAUGAAAUGGUUGAUACAAAAAAUAACAUUGCUUAUCCAUUGGUAUAUUGCCUCAUUAAGUUAGCAUUGAUUUUGCUAGUUGUUACAACAAGUGUGGAAAGAGUCUUUUAUACGAUGAAAAUUGUGAAAAAUCGUUUGAAGAAUCGAAUUGGAGAUUAA